AUAGCUGAGCUGGUUAGACUGCAGAGCAGAUCCCUGGAGACUGAUCUGUACUAACGAGCUUUUAACAUCUUUAAUCUUAUUCGUUUGAUUAUAUCUGAUUGCUGAGGGGCAUCCUUGCUCAGCUCUGUAUCUGUAAGUGAGAGAAUUCUUUUUUAUCAUUCAAAUAUAUAAAGGAAAUAGGGGCUGCAGACCCAAAAUGGUGUUGGAGCUUAUAGUCUGUUGAAUGAAUCCUGCAUAAUUAGUAUGUGUGUGUGUGUCAUUUGCAUGUGAUCAGGAUAUUAGAUUGCAAGCUCCACUGAGGCAGGGACCAUGUCAAUGGAGUAUAUUCUCUGUGAUGCGCUGCAGAUAAAAACAUAAUAAUUCUAUAGCAGUAACAGUUAACCCUGAUUCCUUUCUAUGUUCCCAUAAACUCAAAUAAAAUGUAUAUUUUGUAUCAUAGGAGCUGCAGCAUGGGUGACCGACUCUGCAAUGCAUUUCGGAAAAUUUUCAAACACAAGAAUAAGAAAAAGACAGAUAAACAUGUUAGUCCUACCCAAGAGACAGACAUCGCACCUGCACCAGAAGUGACAGAGGAAAAACCACAAGAAUCGAAGGUGAAGAAAGGAAAACUUCGGUGCUUCUUUAAAUGCAUAAGGAACCUCUGUCAAAAGAAGAAGAAGGAGAGUUCAGAAGCUGUGCAGGAAGUAAAAAACACAGAAUGUGAACAAAUACAACAGGAAGCGUUGAUAUGCGAGGAAAUCGUCAUUCAGAUCCUUAAAGGGUCUUCAGAAAUUCCCCGUGAUCCUUCCCCAAAUAUUGAAAAUGCUCUGAAUCCACAGAGUAAGAAGGAUGAGGAAAUUCCCUGUGAUCCUUCCCCAAAUAUUGAAAAUACUCUGAAUCCACAGAGUAAAAAGGAUGAGGAAAUUCCCUGUGAUCCUUCCCCAAAUAUUGAAAAUCCACAGAGUGAGAAGGAUGAGGAAAUUCCCUGUGAUCCUUCCCCAAAUAUUGAAAAUCCACAGAGUGAGAAGGAUAAUGAAGAAAAGAAGCCACAGAAUGACAUUUCCCUUAAGUCAAGUCAACUGUUAGAUAGCAUCCCAAAGCCAAUAAAAGAAUCUGUGGAGCCAAAGAGCAAGAAGGAAGAGCCACAGAUUGAAGAGGACAUUGCUCCGAAGGUUCCAUCUAAGGAUAAGGAUCUAACGAGUUCUGAGGACACUUAUGACAGUUCAAUGGAGUUCACUGAUGAGAGCGAGACUUCUUUUGAGACAGAAUCGAUUGAAAGCCUUUUCUAUGAUACUUUGGACGAGAUUGAUACAGCACUAAACCAUGUAAAGGUGGACACAAGUAAUCAGACAACUAUAGCUGAUUUCAAACUACAACAUGAACUUGGUUCUGGUAAUUUUGGAAAGGUAUAUCGAGCGGAACACAGACAAACAAGGAGGAUCGUUGCCAUCAAGACUCAACAAAAGAGCACAGUUACUACCUUAGCUCAAUAUAGAAGUAUUCUCGUGGAGCAGCGCAUCCUUCUGAUGGCAAAGAGAUUGCAGAAUCCUUUCCUUGUAGGAUUAUUUGCCUCCUUUUCAACUGAAAAUCACAUCUGCUUUGCUAUGGACUAUGCAGAAGAUGGAGACUUGGCGUCAAAGCUGAGCCAUGGUGCCAUAUCUCUGAAGAGAACUAUAUUUUAUUCCUCCUGCAUUGUCCUAGGGCUGAAGUUCUUACACGAUAACAAGGUUGUUCAUAGGUGAGUAAACAGUUUUCCGUAAGCUGGUCAUAAAUGCAAAGAUCCGAUCGUUGGAAUCCUCGACC